UCAAUUUUUUCUUACCACCAUUUCCUUCUUAGGACACGUGGUAACAGACCAGGGACUCCAACCGGAGCCGCAUAAGGUGGCAGCUGUCAGAGAUGCGCCGGUGCCUACGACUAUCAUGCAAGUUCGCACCUUUUUGGGUCUGGCCUCGUACUACCGAAGAUUUAUCAAGGGCUACGCAGCGAUUGCGGGACCCCUCACAAAUCUGCUGCGCAAAGAUCAGUCGUUGAUUUGGACGCCGGAGUGUGAUCAAGCGUUUUCGAAACUCAAGGCCGCUCUCAUUUCAGCUCCGGUCCUUAUAAGGCCGGAUCCCGAAAAACCUUUUGUGCUCAUUACUGACUGGCAGCCAGAGGCAAUUUCGGCGAUCUUUGCCCAGGUGGGACCAAGUGGACUCGAGAGUGUGGUGGAGUAUGCGUCCAAAUCGGUGCCCGCCUGCAAGCGCAACUACGCCACUCCAACGGGAGAAUGCUACGCGGCUCUCUGGGGAAUCAGUCACUUUCGCGCUUACCUGUACGGACGAAAGUUCACCCUGGUAACCGAUCAUGAGCCCCUGUUGGCUCUGAAGAAAUCGAAGGAUUACUCGGGCAUAAUCGAGCGAUGGGCAACGGUGCUGCAGAGCAUGGACUUUGACAUUCGUCAUCGGAAGCACGAGAGACACGGGAACGCAGACGGACUGACACGACUGCACCGACUUGAGAAAGUUCCGAAGAAUGAGGAGGUGAUUCCGUGGAACGAUCCCGAACAGGAGACUGGACCUCGGUACGACCAAGUGGAGAUCUUAUCGAAGCAGGAGUCCACGCGCAGUGGUAUUGGCGGAAGUAAUCUCAGUUCAUCGGCGAGCGGCUCCCGGGACGAGCCACGUCACCACGGUUGCGGUGUUCAGCGGCGAUAUCAGUUCGGUCAAUCCACGGUGGCAUACCGCGAUCUUGGCUUCGCUGUGAGAGUGGACGGAGCAAGUUGGACGGCGUGCUUGGAGGAGCCCAUGGACGAAGAUACGCUACCUUCACGGCAGGAGUAUCURAAGCCUUACGACAUCAUCCCUCAUGCCUUCUAUCCGAAGGCAAAGGAAGUGGUGAUCGACGAGGACGAAAAAGACGACGACGAGGAAACGUCGGAGGAAGGGAGCUAUAGCGAGUAUAGCGAGGGCGAGCUGAGUGAAGAAGAGGAGGAGGAAGAAGAAACCGGGUCUGAGUGGGAAGCCUUGCMGGAGGAAGCGGCGCGCACGGGCACAGAGGCGGAAGAUCCGGAAGCAGCGCGAAGGCACGAAGAAAUUGCCACUGGGAAACGCCAGCUGGAGUUCGCCAGCGGAGCCAGCUUGCGCAUCGGUAACGAUUUGACCAGGGAUCCGGAGCCGCCGAAGCCCGAAGAUGGCGACCCAGCAGCCGCCACCUCAAGCACUGCGUGACGAAGACGGAGCCAAUCCCCCUCCUCCUCCAGCCCCACCCGUCCCCCAGUUCGCCCACGU